AUGCAGUUCACCAAGGUCGCCGCCGCCACCUUCUUUUUCUUCUCUAGCAUCUAUGCUGCUCCUCUACAGACGCGUGCUUCCUGCAUUGAAACCUGUGGCAGCACAUGCUAUUGGCAAUCUGAUAUCGAUGCCGCCUUGAAUCAAGGAUACUCCCUUUUGCAAUCUGGCGAAACAGACAACAACUAUCCCCACCAAUACCGCGAUGACGAAGGCUUUGACUUCCCCGUAUCCGGCCCUUAUUACGAAUAUCCGAUCCUCUCAUCCUACAAGGUCUAUACUGGUGGCUCGCCCGGCGCGGAUCGCGUUAUUUUCAAUAGCGAUGGUGAUUUCGCUGGUCUGAUCACUCACACUGGAUCUUCUAACUACGAUGGCUUCGUUCAAUGCAACGCUGCAUAA